AUGCGCCUCAUCAACUGCUCAACACUCAAGCUGAAAGAGUUCUUCGGCACGAACAUCCCGCGCUAUGCUAUUCUCUCGCAUACCUGGGGCGAUGAAGAGGUGUCGUUCGCCGAUUUCACCACGGGUCAGCAUACUGUCCGAUCUGGCUACCAGAAGAUACUUUUCACCUGCCAGCAGGCCACCAAAGACGGAAUUGGAUACGCAUGGGUAGACACUUGCUGUAUCGACAAAAGCUCCAGCGCGGAGCUUUCCGAGGCAAUCAACUCUAUGUUCGCCUGUAUAAAGAAGGAUUUCCCUAAAAGUAGAUGGUUCACACGGGGAUGGACACUCCAAGAGAUGCUAGCUCUAAAAACGGUCUGCUUUUACGAUCAACAGUGGGUGGGCUUCGGCACUUUGACUAAACACGCCGGGUGGAUAUCGAAGAUCACAGAGAUAGAUGAGGCGGUUUUCCGGACUCAACAGCCCUACUGGAGCGGAGAGGACAAAUUUGGUUCCUAUUCCGUCGCAACGAGGAUGUCAUGGGCUUCCACGAGACAGACGACACGUGCUGAGGACAUGGCCUACUGCCUCCUCGGGAUCUUCAACAUCAACAUGCCGCUUCUGUAUGGUGAAGGCGACCGAGCAUUUCGUCGUCUCCAGGAGGAGAUCAUCCGGAAGAUCGAUGAUGAUUCCAUCCUCGCCUGGGCUCUAUCGCCAGAAGACGAGCAUCCUAAUCCUCUAGGGCUUAUGUCAGAUUACGACAGAGUCGCUUUCGGUUCAGUUAGUACACCGAUGACGAUUGCUGGACUUAGCGGGUUCCAAGAAGCGCGAUACUUCAACUCCUUUGACGAUAACAAGCGGAUCAUCGUCAACGAAUGCAAGGCCAUCCGCGACUUUGGUUAUCAACUCCAGCGUUGCAUAUCAUGGAAGCUUAUUGGGCAAGAACGACAACUGGCUUACCAUCCGUUUUGGGAUCCAGAAGCCAAGAUUCUUACCAUAAGACGAGAUGACCCGUUUCACAGUAUGUUCGAAUUCAACUUUGAAACAUCGUCGAGCGGUCAAAAUCCCAAGUUCAGUGUCUUCAUAAACAGGUACGGUAGAGGUACAGUAAGGGAAGGAGAUGUCUUUUCAGAAGAUGAAAGGCGCGCUCUACAGGAUCUUCUCGGGGAUGGCGAUCUGCCCUAUGAAAAGGAUCGGAUCUAUGACAAGGGCGACGUUAUGUUACAUGACGACGCAAAACGCUUGUUUCAUAUUAGCGUUGAGGUUCAUACUAAGACUAUAGGCCCUCACGAGAUGGUUAGGGUCAACGUUGACGCUUUGAGAGAUGGGUUUUCGGAUGAGGAUCAUCGUUGGCUCUGUAAUUGCGAGAAGCAUGUAUAUCUGCAUUGA